AUGACUGACUUGCUUUUCCAAGAAUAUGUUGGCUGGUUUGAUAAGAGAAUGAAUGGCAGGAAGGUAUUGUUAAUGAUAGACAAUUGUCCAGUUCAUCCAAAGAUAGUUGAAAGCCUAAGAAAUGUAGAUCUGUUUUUCUUACCUCCUAACACAACGUCUAAGAUUCAACUAUGUGAUGCUGGGAUUAUUCGAGCAUUCAAAGCUCAUUAUCGUCGUCGUCUUUAUUUCAGCAUCCUACAAGGCCUUGAGGUUGAAGCACCAAAUACUGAAAAAAAUAAUAUUUUGAAUGCUAUUAAUUUUGCUAACUUGGCUUGGAAUUUUGAUGUGAAAGAAAUAACAAUUGCAAAUUAUUUUCGGCAUUGCAAGAUCCGAUCGAAAGAAAACAAUGUUCCCGAACCACAAGUUGGUGAAUUAGACGAAGGUAUCCAAGAAGUUAGUGAAUUAAAUGAAAGUAUCAAAGAAUUAAAUGAUGUCAUCUCUAAUUUAGCCUACAGAAAUGUGAUGGAUGUUGAACAUAUUUUGAACCACCCUAACGAGAAUGAUACAGUUAUGGAAUCACCUAUAGAGAAAGAGAUUAUUCAAUUUGUAAUGAAUAAUGAUGAUGAGAAUGAUCCUGAACAAGAUGAUAGUAGCAUUGUCCCACAUGUAUCGUCAAAGGAGGCAUUUCAAGCAAUGACUAUAUUGUCAAACUAUUUGUUACAACACGAACAAAAUAUUUCAAAAAUUGUGUUCGCUCUUCAAAAAGUUAAGGAUUAG